ACAUUCCAAUGAGCAUUACAUAAUCUUUGCAUCUUUUGUACUGGAUCUACCAAGGACAAAGGUGCACCAAAAUUCCAACCUUCUUUAACCUUGUCCAUGACGACCGCAGCCGACUUGAACCCCACAGUCGACAAGUCAGCGCCAGUUAUCAAACGACUAUAUGUCGGUGGGCUUAAAUACGACGUGGACAAAGCAGAUUUGGAAGCCCGUUUCAAGAGUUUUGGCAAUGUGCUGUCGGUUGACUUGCCUGGUGGAGGACCGUUGGGGGGCUCACGAGGGUUCGGAUUCAUUGGAUUGGAAACGACGCCAUCGGCACUAGCUAGAUGUCUUACGCUCUACAAUGGUACGAAGUGGAAGGGCAUGCAGUUGCAUAUAGAGGAGGCCAAGCAAGAUUAUAUGACAAGGUUGAAGCGAGAGUGGGCAGAAAAGAAGGUGCAGGAUGAAGCAAGGGCGAAGGGUGAAGUGCAGAUCAGCAAUAAGAAACGUAAGCGGAAGGCAGUGGAAGUAGCAUUGGACAUGAAUUUGGUUACAGAUCGAAACGCAAAAAACCGGAAGGGAUGGAAGAAUUCGCGUUUCAAUCGGGCUGUGGCCGUUUUCCACUAUAGGGACAAAUUGACUGGCAAGAUUGUCACUGUUGAUCCGCUCAGAUAUAAAGAUAACCUGAAGAGACCGGAAAGCUAUGCGAAAUUUACUCCGGUGGCGCGUCUGACGUGGCCCAGCGAUGACAUUGUUGCCCCACCUCGUCGUGCAUCAAUUGGAACAUCGUCCACGACUGUUGACAACAUCAGCGUGCCUGCGGUAAACUGGAUCGACGAUAAACAAACUGCACUCUCGGAAGAGUCAAAGGAGGACUCUGCAGAUGAGGAUGAUUUUGCCCUACCCACACGCGGAGGCCUAUUUGACUCUACGGACGACGAGGACGGCUCCGAUAAGCAAGAUUCUGAUGAUGAAAGCAUAGACUUUAAUAGACUAGCAACGAUGGAGGUGGAUGGAAUAGAUCCUGUAGAUACAGCGGCAGAAGAUGAUGCAUUUGAGACCGUCACAUCAACCCAUAUACCAGCCCCUCUUCCUGCUGGCUUGUCAGAUGAUGAUGAAGACGAUGAUAUAAUACCUACCGCGCCCCUUCCACCUGUGGAAGCUGCAGCGGCUGGGGACCCAGAUGUAGGAAAUAACCUGGCAAAGGAACGAUCAAAACUGUUGGGUCUGGCGAAAUUCAUCAUUGGCAAUGAUUCUUCGGCUCAGCAAGACAAUACAAUGGCUACGGUGGAUUUUACUAUGGAUGUGGACGACGAGGAAAGCCAGCGGGGAUCUCCGAUAUCUGAAAAAGGUUCUGACAUGAGUGGGAAGGAUGGACAAGGGGCUCCGCGGGAUACUAUCUCCUCAGACAACGAGACGGAUGCUAGUGAUAGCGAGGAGACGGAAUCUGAAGAUCUCUCUGAGGCAUCAAGUCAGGAGGAUGUGGAAGACGAAGAAUCGGAAAAGAUGCAAGGGGAUGAUGAUUCGGAUGACGAAGGAAGUUCCGACGACAGCGAAUCAGGCGAAAGUGACGUGACCGAAAAUUCGAGUUCCUCCAGUCAAGUGGUCAAAACCGCAGGUGAAAAUAUCAGCAUACCAGACGCUGCGCCAGAGCACCCACAGAAUGCACAAGAUUCUAUACCAGAAAAGGGAGCGUCAGGUCCACCGGCGGAGCGUCAUUACGCCGUGAACACCAAUCUUCGCGCACUUGUCUUUGGCACCGACGGUGCAGGCACCUUUUCAUUGUUCGGAGGGAGAACCGCUGACGAUCCGACCGAGACUGAAGAGCAGGUGGCUACUCCAUCGGCAUCAGUACCCCUUUUUAAAUUUGCAGAUGCAGGACCGGAAUCGGUUCCAUAUGAGCAAGCGGAAGAGCCGUACGACGAAGCCGAAGUCAGCAAAAGUUUCGGUACAUCAACCAUGUUCUUCUUCCAUUUAGGGGAUGAAGGAUUAUCACAUCGGUCAAAGUACGCUCCAGAUAAAUCGUUUAUGCGAACAGAGACUGUGGAAGAAAUCAAGUCCCAGUGGGAGCAAUUCCGACAGGAUUUGACCCAUGAGUUUAAGAGCAAGCACAAACUAGCUUCGAGACGCAAAGAGAAAAUGAGACGUCAGCGAGGGAAAAUACGUGCUGUGUAGUGUAAAUAACGUAGCGCGGAUAGUAUAUAUAGAUGUAAUGGCAAUGUAAAUGGAUUUAGCAAGUCAACUGUGCGGCGAGGAGGACAAUGUACGGAGUCUCAGGCGUAGAUGAAUGACACAUCUCAAGUCUUAUCCUUGG